AUGGACGGGUACGGAUACGGGUCGGGUCAACGCCCGUACGGCGGUGACAGGAGGCUCGAGAUUGUGAGCGGGAAAAGCUACAGUUGUAGUCAGAGCUAUGCGGCGGCGCUUCCGGGUGAGUCGACCCGGGCGAGUCACAGUGGGGCAGCGUCGGUGGCUAAGCCUUGGAGUUUCGGGGACCCGGAAACAAAGCGGAGGAAAAGGAUUGCAAGGUAUAAGGUUUACGCCGUUGAGGGUAAGGUUAAGACUACGCUCAGAAAUGGAAUCCGAUGGGUCAAACACACAUGUUCUCGGCUCGUCCAUGGCUACUAG